AUCAUCACCUGCAGCUUCACACCAGGCUCAUGCACACUGACAGCCUAUAAGCUGACCCCCAGUGGCUACGAGUGGGGCCGCCAGAACACAGACAAGGGCAACAACCCCAAGGGUUACCUCCCCUAGCACUACGAGAGCGUCCAGAUGCUGCUGUCAGACCGCUUCCUCGGCUUCUUCAUGGUCCCUGCUCAGUCCUCGUGGAACUACAACUUCAUGGGUGUUCGGCAUGACCCCAACAUGAAGUAUGAGUGGCAGCUGGCAAACCCCAAGGAGUUCUACCACGAGGUGCACAGACCCUCUCACUUCCUCAACUUUGCCCUCCUGCAGGAGGGUGAGGUCUACUCGGCCGACCGCGAGGACGUGUUCGCCUGAGUGGGUCCUGGCUCCUGGCCCUGGACCCUGCCGAGCCCUGGACAAGCUGGUGAUAUUCAGCAGCUUGGCCACCUUGCUCUGUGUUUUGUGCUUGUUGUGUUGUUGGCCUCCUGAUAGCUUGUAACUCUGAACAAAACGAUAAUAAUAAAUUUUGUAUAAAUA